GAUGCGUUCAAUUGUUCAGUUUCAGACUCGGUGAGUUUUAGUUCCAAUUUCCAAAGUGUCAAAUUUACCACAACAAGCUUAAAUAUAAAGGUUUGUCAAAAGGCGUUUGAAUAAGUUCCAAAUAUUCAGCUCAACGAGGCCCCUCUAUCUCGUCGAUUGAGCUAUCGUUAUUUUUUUAUUAUUAUUUCCAGUGAAGUACAGCUCUACAAACGUCAUCUUGAACACCCGAACACGUCCUACUCACGUCAACAGAAAUCUGCGGGUGGUUCGAUACGGUUCGACAGGCUCGAUACGUUGGUACAAGGUGCGUUGGAACCACGGUUAACAGUGUGAAACAUUGCAGUCAAGAAUCAUGUCAACCAACAGGUUUCGCUUGGCCCUACUCCAGCUCGCCGUGAAAGCCAACAAGGCGGAGAACCUCGAAAAAGCGAGUAAGCAAAUCAAGGAGGCGGCUUCUAGGGGUGCUAACAUGGUCUGCCUUCCCGAAUGUUUCGGUUUCCCGUAUGGGACGCAGUACUUCCCGCAGUACGCCGAGACCAUCCCCGGCGAGACCAGCGAGAUGCUCUCGCGCUGCGCAAGAGAAAACCAGGUCUACCUCAUCGGCGGCUCCAUGUCGGAGAGCGAAAACGGGAAGCUCUACAACACCUGCCUCGUCUACGGACCGGACGGUUCGAUGCUGGCCAAGCACCGCAAGGUGCACCUCUUCGACAUCGACAUCCCCGGUAAAAUAACCUUCAGGGAGUCGGACUGCUUUACGGCGGGCGACGGACUGACCACCUUCGACACUCCCUUCUGCAAGGUGGGCGUCGGGAUAUGUUACGAUCUUCGGUUUGCACCUUUGGCUCAGUUGUACGCGCAGCGCGGCUGCAAGCUGCUGGUGUACCCUGGAGCGUUCAACAUGACCACUGGUCCGCUGCACUGGGAAAUCCUUCAGAGGGGUAGGGCGGUUGAUAACCAGGUUUAUGUGGCGUCGGUGUCGCCCGCGAGGGAUGAAGCGGCAUCUUACGUCGCGUGGGGACACAGCAUGUUGGUGGACCCGUCUGCUAAGGUGGUUCAGUCGGCCGGAGCUGGCGAAGAGCUCGUGCUUGCAGAGGUGGACCUGGAUCAUCUGGCUAUGAUCAGGGACCAGAUUCCCGUGACCAAACAGAAGAGGGAUGAUCUGUACAAGGUGGUGAGCUGUAAGGAUGGAGAAAAUAAUGUCCUGGCUUCCUAGAAGACUGUGACCUGUGACUUCAGCAAAGCGGUGAUUUUUUGCCGUCUGCACUGCCAGGAGCACUACAAAAGUCUCGUCGUCUUAUGCAUGACAUCUUUAGUUACGGUUAGCUACUGAUGCCUGAUAGGAUAAGGAAUUUAGUGGGUGUAUAUUUCUCUUCUUUUUUUGUGUGUAUGAUUUGUUUUGUAUUCAUUAGGAGUAAACUGUACGAGCUCAGCUCGUGAGUUUAGGGUCUACAA